AUGUCCAUCCCAGCAGACUACAGAACAAACUUUUUCCUCAAUAUCCCAGUCUCCGAUCUACAAGCAUCAAUCAACUUCUACACAUCGCUCGGCUUUGUCCAGAACAAAACGUUUUCCGAUCAGAAUGCGUCCAUGGUUUCAAUCCCUCUGGACCUUCACCUCGACAAUCCUGACGCGAAGGCGGCACACACCUCUCCCCUCAAGGUGAUGCUACUCAGCCAACCUUUCUUCAAAGGCUUCCUUCCGGCAGAUCGGGAAAUCGCAGACCCGACCAAGCUCAGUCAGGCUUUACUGUGCAUCAGUAUAGCGACAAAGGACAAGUUGGAUCACUUCGUGGAGAAGGCAGGAAGUUUGGGGGCCAAGGUGGACGUGUGUAAAGUCCAAGACCAUGGAUGGAUGUAUGGUCGUUCAUUCGCUGAUCUUGAUGGCCACAUUUGGGAACUGACUUGGAUGGAUCCGAGCGGAUAUGAAGGCAAAGAAUGA